UAGACUGUAUCUAAAAUAUCGACGCUGGUUUUAUUUAGCGUUCUGAAAUGGAGUUGAUGCGAUUGGAAUUUUGUUGAAUGAAACGUUAGAAAUUACAAAAACAAUUUAAGAGAAUUCUGUACGUGUGUGAUAUAUUUGAAACAAAAAAAAACGAAAUGUCGGAUAAUGAGGAUGAAAAAUCUGAAGUCAUAGAAAAACGGCACGAACAUGUUUUACCAGGGGAGCAUGUAUAUGAAGGGGUCUUGUUCUUCGGUUACACACCACCAGAUAUUCUCGACGCCGUGAAGGACUUCGAAGUGAGGGACUCUGAUAUCUUCCUUUCAACCUUCCCGAAAGCUGGUACAACAUGGCUACAGGAACUUACGUGGUUGAUAAUGAAUGAUGGGAACUUUGACGAAGCAAUCCAAAAACCUGUUUACUUCCGGUCACCAUUUUUAGAAUUCAAGGAUGAAGUUUUAAACGAGGUUGGGUUGGAUCUAGCUAAUCAAAUGCCGUCACCAAGAGUUAUAAAGUCGCAUCUUCCGGUGAAACUUAUACCAAGGCAGAUAAAAUCAAGAGACUGUAAGACGAUCGUACUAUUCCGGAACCCAAAGGAUUUAUGCGUCUCAUACUACCACUUCUACCGCGCCAGUUCCUCAUUCGGUGACUUCCGCGGAACCUGGGAAGACUUCUUCUACAUGUUUCUAGACGGACAUGUUGACCACGGAUCCUGGUUCGACUACACGCGCAGUUGGUGGGCACGGCGGCAGGACCCGCGUAUCUGCAUCCUCUACUUCGAGGACAUGAAGAGUGACCUCCGACGGGAGAUUGACCGCCUUUGUGACUUCCUGGAGAAACCACUUCAAGAGGGCGUUCGAGACGCGAUUACCGGCCACUGUUUGUUCGACAGCAUGCGCUCCAACCCGAUGACGAACCAUCUGGAUGUGUACUCCAUAAACGCGGAGGUGUCGCCCUUGUUAAGAAAAGGUGAGGUUGGAGACUGGAAAAAUCUCUUCACGGUUACACAGAGCGAACUGUUUGAUAAAUUCUUCAAGGAUGAACUAGGAGACUUAAAUAUUCCUUUCAAGUUCACACUAGAUUGAUGCCCAGCUGAAACUUGAUACCAGUGAACGUAAAGUCAGACUUACUUUGGCGUUAUAACUAUGAUUGUUACAUUGCUAAGCACAUCAGAAAUUGGUUUGGAAGCGGCCUUUUGUUAUUGCUAAUAUUCAUGGCCUUUUUGACAUAUUGAUUUGUAAAAUCAGUUUGCAUUCAAAUGCAGACACCUUUGAAUUAAUGUAUGAAUCUUGAUUUAUGUUAGGCACUUACCUGGCCUAGAGUUGACGUGGCAGUGGACGGAUGAGACGGUGAUGAAUUGUGUUUGAGAUUAAAGAGAAUGGGAACAAACGCAUGUCCGCACAUCUAUUCCCACCGCAUUAAUAUAAUUAUCGUGUGUAAACGCAGGUUGUUAAAACAACUAUGGCGACUGUUCAUUAUGUUUAAACAGCCUUGUUUCUAACCUUUAUAUGUUAUUCAACUUUAUUUCGGGCGAUGUAUGUACACAUCUAACUAUUAUUUAAGCUUUGGUCAGUGUAUAAAAGU